AUGUCCGGUUACAAGAGCUUUGCGAUCGUCGGGGCAGGCUUGAUCGGCGGCACAAUCGCUGAGGAGCUUCUCAAGGCGAAGACGGAGGGUGUCGUCGACAAGAUUGUCCUCCUUUCGCGGCCGAACUCCGUCAGCAAGCUCGACACGUAUUCCGCUCGUGGAGCGACUGUUGUUCCUGUCGAGGAUUACUCUUCCGUACAGGAGGUAUCCAAAGCGUUAUCUGGCGUGGAAGUGGUCUUCUCUACGCUCUCGCACCUGGUGCUUGACUUGGAGUUGCCUAUCGCCGAAGCAGCCAAAGCAGCGGGCGCGCAACUCUUCGUCCCCUCCGAGUACGGCUUGUCUACGGACGGCCAUACGAAUGGUAUACUCGCUAGCAAGGCUGCCGUGGACAAGCAGAUCCGCGCAUUGGGUAUCGCGACUACUCGCUUCUUCGUCGGCAUGUUUGGCGACAUCAUCUGGUCUCCAUUCCUUGGCCUCGAUUUGAAGGGCACCGUCUUGAUAGGCGGCGAUGGAAGCGCCAAAGUGUCCUUUACGUCUACGGAGGAUAUCGGUCGGUUCGUCGUCUUCGUGCUGACGAAGCUAUCGCGCGAGGAGGUUAAGAACCGGACGUUCCGCAUCGAGGGGGAGCGCACGUCUUACAACGACAUCUUUGCGGCAUACGAAAAGAAGCAUGGGGUUCAGGUCACAGUCCAGCAUGUACCCAUUGAGGAUAUGGAGGCAACUGUUGCCAAGGACUCGCAUGACGUGGUCACUUACCUGCGUUUGGCGUGGGCGAAAGGAGCAGGAACUGUAGGAUCGCCUUUGGACAAUGGGGUCUUCCCUGACUGGAACCCAAGGCCCGUGAUUCACUAUCUGUAA